GUGUAUGACGUCAGCGGGAAACCCAACUGCGUUAUUUUGUUGUUUUCUACCAUCUUUACCUCACCAAGUAACUAAUGUCAGGCGGUAGAAAUCUUUGGCUCGUGUCCAGUUCUGUGGGUCACGUGCCACAGCGCACGCUCUCAUCAUUCAGCAGCACGAGAGGCGGCGGGAGCGUUAACGGCUGCGACUUUGGGGAUGCUCUGUGUCACCUUUUGUUUUGUUCCUGACCGGAGAGCCGAGUAGGAGGAUGGAGCCGGUGCUGCACCGACCACCGGUACGACACAAACCGUGAGCGGGCCGGCGGGAGGAGGAGACGCGGGAAGGACACCGCUGCAGCUCCCAACACCAGCAGCAGCGGUAGAUGCUGCUUCUGCCGCAGGCGUCGCCAUCAUCGUGAAAUUGGAUACCGACUUGCGGCGGAUGGGGUGACCGUGCUCCCUGCUCCGCCGGGGAGGUCCCUGCCUUCGGACGGUACCUGCUGGGUGGGAGCCGCCUUUCGUGCCCGGCUGUGAGGUGGAGGAAGGAGUGGCAAGCGGAGGGAGGAUGCAGACGGAGGAGGAGACGGCGGCCGCAGAAGAGCCCAUUUUGGAGGAAGGAUCGGGACGAGAGCAGCAGAGGCCAGUGCAGCAGUCUCUGGCCUCCUCUCUGUGCCGAGAGUCCCACUGGAAGUGCCUUCUCCUGACCCUCCUCAUGUAUGGCUGUUUUGCCACCCUGGCCUGGUGUGCCCUCUGUCGCGUGCCUGUCCUCGGGUCCUCGUCCGUGCCGCUCGGUGCUGACGACGACGCCACGUCAGCAGCCUACUACAACGACAUCCUGCACCUGGAGAGCCCGUGCUCCAGCGGUUACGUCUACAUCCCCCUGGCUUUCCUGGCCAUGCUGUAUGUGGUGUACCUGGUUGAGUGCUGGCACUGCUUCUCCAAGACGGCCAUGUUGGCUCAUGCUGAAUUCCAGGAAGUGUACGAGCGCGUGCAGCGGCUCCAGCAGGCCACGCCCUGUAUUUGGUGGAAGGCCAUCAGUUAUCACUAUGUGAGGAGAACCAGACAAGUGACCAGAUACCGCAAUGGAGAUGCAUACACAACCACACAGGUCUACCAUGAGCGGGUGAACACUCACGCCUCCAGUUCAGAGUUCGACUACGCUCGCUACGGCGUCAAAGAUGUGUCCAAACAGCUGCUGGAGCUGGAGCGGCACCCUGCUGUUCGCCUCCGUUUCACAAAGUGUUUCAGCUUCUCUAGUGCUCGUGCCGAAGCUGCCUACCUCACCCAGCGAGCUCGCUUCUUCGGGGAAAAUGAGGGACUUGAUGACUACAUGGAAGCCAGGGAGGGAAUGCACCUGAAGAACGUGGAUUUCCGUGAGCACAUCCUGGCGUUCCCAGAUCCCGCUCACCAGCCGUGGUUUUCCAGGCACAAGGUGUUUUGGCUGGCCUCCGCUUUCCUGCUGUCGUGGCCGCUGCGGGUGGUGUCGGAGUAUCGCAUGGCAUAUGUCCACUACCACGUCGAGAAGCUGUUCGGGGAGGAUGAGGACCCGGUCGGAGGAGGCGUUGGAGGAGCGGUACAAGUUGGAGGAGGAAGAGGAGAUGGGGUCGAAGGAGGGACUGAGAAUGGAAUCCAUCCGGGAGGGAUUGGGAUUGGAUUUGGACUGAAUGGGACGAGCUACAGGGCCAUCUCUCGGGUCAACACAGUGGACAUGACGGAACUAGAGUGGCACAUCCGUUGUAACCAACAAAUGGUCCCGAGCUACUCCGAGGCCAUCCUUAUGGACAUGGACUCAAGCGGAGGGACGAAUCCCACGGUCUCUACGCCCCUCUCUGGACCUCCAGGUGUCACUCCAGCUCAGACCAACCACCCGCCUCCCCUGACUCUGCCUGUGGUCUUCAACUCUGCUUACCUCCUGCAGAGCUGCCCCAGAUGUAGGAGGACCACAUCAAGUGCCAGUCUUCCCUCCAGGUUGAGGGCCCCGAUGGGAACCACGGCCCUCCUGAAUGCUACUGUGGCAGGGAUCCGAGCAGCGGGGCCGGGAAGCGGCGGGAUAGGAGGGAGACUGGUGCUCAGUCGGAGUGGAUUCUCCCUGGGCAGACUCGGAGGUGUGCGCCAGAACAGCUUGUUUCAUUCAAGAAGCAUGGGGGGAGGACUGGGAGGCAGCAGAGAGGAGGGCGGUGGGAGUGGAGGGGGAGGAAGCAGCGGAGGAGGGGGAGGGAGCAGCGGAGGGGGAGGGAGCGGGGGAUUCUUGGGGUUAGGCUCGAGGCAGAACAACGAAGAAACUCGAGGGGUGCUCGAAGGAGAUGACGAGGAGGAAGAGGAGGAGGUGAGGAGGAGGGAAAGCAGGGGAGGGGAGAGGGAUGAGGAAGCAGAGCAGGAAAGUGGAGGAGGAGGUGGAGGAGAGGUGAGAGAGGGUGAGAGGGAUCGACCGCCCUCCUACCAGGAUGCGUUCUUCUUCCCUGUCCUCAUCAUCCAUGGUGAGGAGAGCUGCCACGCGGGUGACGACAUGUGAAAGAGAGGGAGACAAACUCAUCAGGAGUCUACUCGGGGGGGGGG